UCCAAAAACAUAGACGGACAAUGCAACGGCUAGCCGCGAGACUCGGGAGCAUUUACGGAAUAUAACGGUACCUAAGGGAACUAAGUUACAUAGUUUUUAUGCUAAAUUGCAUUGCUUAUUUCAGAUAUAUAACGUUUUUAUUACUCUCUUUCGGAAUGGAAGGUAAAACAGAGGCAGUAUCUCGAAGAUAACUAGCUUAGAGCACCAAACCGAACGAACGUUAACUUAACGGCUGCUUCUGGUUAACGUAACGUGUCAUUUUUGACAGUUAACAGACCUGUUCAACUCUCAAAACACCAACGCUAGCGUUACUAAACGGUAAGCUUUUACAUCACCAAAAACUGUCAGCUUCCAACCUACACCGGCUCCAAGCUUUUAAAGUUUAUUCUGAAUCGCCUGUUACUGUCUGGGGAUUUCUUUUAGGAGAAAUUUAACACUGGACAUUAGCUGACAUAUACUUGGGAGCUGAAUGGCCGCCGUUGUUGCAGUGAAAACUGAGAAGCGACCUGCAGCUGAUUCUCAGGAUGCAGACUCCAAUGCAAAAAAACCAAGGAAACUCCUGCCCAGCUUGAAGACAAAGCGAGCCCCAGAGCUUGUCCUGGUGAUAGGCACAGGGGUAAGCUCUGCAGUGGCCCCGCAGGUCCCUGCGCUCCGGUCCUGGAAAGGCCUCAUCCAAGCCUUGCUUGAUGCAGCCAAUGACUUCGACCUACUAGAGGAGGAGGAGAGUCGGCGGUUCCAGAAGCACAUGCAAGAAGAUAAGAACUUGGUGCAUGUGGCCCAUGACCUCAUUCAGAAACUUUCCCCAAGAACAGGCAAUGUGCGAUCAACAUUUUUCAAGGACUGUCUAUACGAGGUCUUCGAUGAUUUGGAGUGCAAGAUGGAGCAUGCUGGAAAACAUCUACUGCGCUCUGUGCUGCAGUUAAUGGAAAGUGGUGCCCUGGUCCUCACUACUAAUUUUGACAACCUGUUGGAGAUCUAUGCUGCUCACCAGGACACCAAGCUGGAGUCUCUGGACCUAACAGAUGAAAAGAAGGUAUUGGAGUGGGCUCAGGAGAAACGGAGGUUAAGUGUUUUGCAUAUCCAUGGAGUUUACACCAACCCCAGUGGUAUCGUACUGCACCCUGCUGGUUACCAGAAUGUACUGAGGAACACUGAAGUCAUGCGGGAGAUCCAGAAGCUGUAUGAGACCAAAUCCUUCGUUUUUCUCGGCUGUGGUCGCACAGUAGACGACACAACCUUCCAGGCGCUGUUUCUGGAGGCAGUCAAACACAAGUCGGACCUGGAACACUUCAUGCUUGUGCGGCGGGAGGACGUGGGUGAGUUCAAGAAACUGCGGGACAACAUGCUGGACAAGGGCAUCAAGGUCAUCUCCUAUGGAGACGAGUACGCCGACCUGCCUGAGUACUUCGAGAGGCUUGCCAAUGAGAUCUGCAACCGAGAUGUGUCGACCAACGGCUGGGGGUCUCCUUCACAAAAUGGGGAGGAACAGCAGAACGGAUUCAACACACAGAAGAGCCUUCUUCAAGGUUAGGACUGAAUGCUUUCCUUUGGCUUCAGGCAGUGGCCACUUGCAAGGAACAUUUCCAGAGUUACAAUAAAACUCUGUCAAGACUCUUGUUUCCUCACUGCUUGCUGAUUGAUAGAAAAUCCACAUCUGUUCUUGAUUUUCACUAUCAAAGACCUGCUGGUAUUCCUCUACACAGACAAACUGCCGACUUUACUGGAUUACUCACAGGGCAGUCAAAACUUUUUUAUUGAUGCAUUGUGUAACAACUGUCACCUAAAUGUUAGUUUUUUCCCCCAUGAGAUGAGUCUCAAACAAACCUAGAGACAUGAUCAGUACCAUUCAUUGCCCUCCAUCGGCAGUUUAGUUUUCUUUGAAUAGAGCUGAUGAAGAUUAAAAUAAAUGGAUUAAGGAAUCCGGGGCCCUCAAUUAUGAACAGUGUGUACAAACAGGUCUGUGCACAAUGACCAAGUAAGAGCUUCUCCAUGCAAUGUAUCAUAUUAACGUUUACUUUAUGUGUGUAAAUGUAAGGACAGCUUUGACCAUGCUUGUGCACAGCGUCAAGUGGUAGAACAUUAACCCCUUAAAGCCUGAAAACACAAAUUAUAGCCAGAAAAUUCUGAUUUUUCAGGACUGAAAUUUUAAUUUCACUUUCUACUGAAAUCCAAAAAAAUCCAACUUUACGUAAAAUAUAACAUAUACUUUUCUCAUUUGUUACUUUAGGUGUUUUUGGUAACUGAUAAUCCACUCGGGGGCAUUUUUAUCAUUUUUCAGAUUGUAUUCCAAAGGUUUUUUUUUUUUUUUUAGUAAUUUAUGAUCAUAUUGAUUAGAUAGAGGUAUCAUAAAAGUAUGUAUCAAAUAUGAUACAACAGCCUUUAAGGGGUUAAAAAUAUAAAUAGAAAGCAUUAUGAGGGCCACAGCACACUACAAUCAAUCUCAUUUUUCAUAUCUGUUUCCAGUUCUCUUAAAGAAAAACAUGCUGUAAGCAAUUAUGUCUAGUUUAAAACAGACACAGUCAGAAUGUUUACAUGCAUAGUAAAAUAGAGCUAUGGUAUAGUCUGAAUAGACUGUCCAUGUCACAGUGUACAUGCACAGUACAGUAUGUAGCAGGAGAAUCCAUUUAUUGAUGAUGAAAUCCCCAACUUUAAGAUUCUUCUUAUGGACCCUCUUCCUGUUGACAUGGCUAACAAAUUAGCAAACAGUAAACUUGUUGUAUGUCAGAAGGUGAAAAUAUGGGUAUAUUUUACAGCUUUGUAUAUUCCUUAUGCGCCCUCGGCUUUACUUUUGCCACAAAUAUAAAUUGCUAUACCUCUAGCUUAUUGUGAUAUCUGGAGGCAGAUGACAAUACAACUUCUGCCAGGCUAAACAUUUAUGCUCAUCAACAUCUGGGUCAAAGUUCAGAAUGAAAACUGGAACUUUCACAGAUCCCCUAGUCCAGUUUGGGUCUGACUGACACAAGAGUGGUUUGCCUCCAACUGUAUUUUUUGUGUUAGUCCAACUCUGACAAACUUGAUCUAGCACAGAUUUCUGUUGUAAAGGUUCAGCAGUACUGCAGUGUGAACACUGCAUGUAGCCCAACUGGUGUCAAACCUUUAGCAGAAAACUAUAAAAGAUACACUAUAUGGACAAAAGUAUUUGGCUGCCUGACCAUUACAUCAACAGGGACUGUAAUGGCAUUUUAUUCAAACACUUGUACUUUUAAAAUGGAGUUGGCCCCCCUUUUGCAGAAGUUUGCUUUGUUGCUUUUGUUGGUAAAGGCUUCCCCUUUCUUAUAAAAUCUCUUACAGUUGACUUUGGAUUAUCCAGCAGUGAUGAAAUUUCCCAUCAUCACAAUACCACACUUGAAGUAACUGAGCUCUUUGGAGCGACCCAUUUUAUAACACAAAUGUUUGCACAUGGAGACUGCAUGGUAAGAUGCUUGAUUUUUUUACACCUGUGGGAACAGGUCUGAUUGAAACACCUGAAUUCAAUAAUUAACAGGUGUGGCCACAUACUUUUGUAUGUGAGCCUGCAGGUUUAGAAUAUAUGGGAUUUAUCAACCUUUGUUACCCACAGACAGGUGCACAUGUUUGCUAAAUAUGUUUUAAGCCUAUUCUCCAUUUUGUUCAUGAGGCAGAAUCUCAUGUUUUUUUUUUUUUUUUACACACUGUUGGUAAAUGAGGGCUCUGGAGCAUGAUGGGCCAUGAUGAGUCAUGGGAGACCUGGGCUGCUAAGUACUUUGCAGAAGUCUAGUAUUUCCCUCUACUGGUUCUUGUUCUAAAGGGAAAGGAGAAGUUUUAAAUAAAAGUCAAUGCAAUAAACAAGUUCAUGGUGCAGUUUUACUGCAUUUACGUGUUCCUAAACAUUUGGGAAACAACUGUAGUGAAAAAGGUCGAAAUGUGCCGAUGAUGAAUAGUCAGGCUUGGCCAUUUUUAGAGGUUUCAAGAUGGAUUAUUGUAUUUCUAAAGAGCAAGAUAUCAUUUGUAUCCAUAUAGUUCAUGUUAAUGUAAUGAAAAUCAAUGCAGGGCCUAAUGCUCAAUAAGAAGCCAGUUUACAGCGAGAACCACUAACAGCAAUAUGUUUAGUGACCACAAGAUAAUCUAUUGUAAAUGUUUAGUCUAAAUGGGGAAUUAUCAGUUUAUUUAUUUUAAUUUAUUUAGGAGCAUUUUCAUUAUUAGUGAAAAUUAUUUCAUAUUGGUACCUGUUGAUACCAUGGCAAGAAAAACAGAAGUAGCAGAGACCCAGUAUUGGUUGAUUUAUUGAUUCUAAUGAUUCAAAAUUGCAGGCAUACUCUUGCUAACUGUCUAAGUUGCUCAAAUGCAGCAUUUGUCAAAAUGGGUGGAAUAGCUUUCUUUUUGCCAAUUCACAAGUAGAUAGACUAACAAGUUUCUGACUAAUUUAUGCAAUUUUGACAAUUUCUCUCUUUAUGGUGAAAAAUAUGACACAAAUCUUCAAGAUUCUGUACUUUCUGAUGCCACUAAGCAUUAAUUUAAUGGAGAUUUGAUCAUUUUGAAACACACUGUGUUUUUUAAAGCAACCUAAAUUCAGUUUGAUGUGCUUUGGUGCACACUAAAGGUCUCUGAGGGCGACCACAGUAUGGUUAAGCAGUGCUGUUACCUCCUCCUAAUGCAGCCUUCAUUGACAAACAGAGGAUGGCCAUGCCAGAAAAGAUAUUGUUUAGAGCGAAGAACCUUGUCAUCUGACAAGGUACAGUGGAAUUCCCAGAUUAUAUGCAACUAUAGCUGUAAACCCACAUCUACCUCUAGUUUCACUUAAGACAACUGAGGCUUGCUACCAGAGUUACAAAGAUAGAUGCCAGUCUUCUUGUGGAAAGGUAUUGUAUUGUUAGAUUGACCAUGAAACCACUAUUUUGAAAUGAAAAAGUUUCAUGUCGUUGCUUCAAGGGUACAGAAACAAUUGUACAAUUUAGAGGCAUGUAAAAGUUUGACUGCAAUUUUUUAAAAUUACAGAAUGAAAAAUUAUCCAAAAUUACUUGUCUAGGCCGUGGUAUCCGAAAGGUUUCAACAUGAUUCCAUUCUACCAGAUUCAUAUCGAAGUUUUAAUGCUGGUAUUGUCAUGAUCAUGUGUUAUUUGUUCAUUUAAAUAAUAAUAAUAAUAUAUUGUGUUUUGCCAUUCAGUUGAAAAAUAUGGAGAUGUAAUCUUAUGUCCUAGUUGCCCGGCCCUCAUAGAUGGAUAUCCUUUUACUUAAGCCUGACAGAACUGAUAGUCUGAAUCCACUUACAGAUGUCAGUGGGCUGUAUUGAUCCAUAGUUUGGAUUUAAGUUUUACAGAUACUUUAAAUAAACCCUCAGCUAAACCAACCUGCCCUGCAUUUGAGUAAAUCUAGGCUAGGUAACAUUAGGUAAGGUACAACCUGUACCGCACAUCUCAUGAACUGAAAUCAGUCUCUUGCGGAUAUGUCACGAUUCUGUCGUGCUGAACCCUGAAACCAGAAAAAAAAAAAAAAAAACUUGAUUUGCACACUUCUUGGUGAGAAAGGGGACAAGUCCAAAUAAUCCUGUGUUCUAGAUUUUUAAUUAGCUUAAAACUUGUGUCUUUAAAGUUCAGAUGAAAUGUUUUCACUGCAGAGGCUCCUGGCCUGUAGCAAUCACUUUUUCACUCCUGUGCUGAAAAUUUCCUGUUUAAGCCUUUUUGUAUUUUUAAUACUUGCAUGUGUUUUCUGAUAUAGUAUUUAUAUGUCCUAUUUUCAAAAUAAAGCUUUUGGUAUCCCAGUUGUCAUGUAUUUUUUUCACCCUGACAGUUAUUUUGGAGCUCUCUUGAACAGGUCCGCCCGCAGAAUUGUCUAGGCCCCUGCCAAAUCCAGUGAAUGGACC